CAGAAACCAGACCCGAUUUCAAAACCCUAAUUAAGAACCCUAGCGAAGCUCUGUGGUCGGCGAAUCCUUCUUCCUUGUAGUUAUCGAAUUGAAGGAGAAGAUAUUGACGAGCCAUGGCGAAAUCAAUGAGAUCAAAGCGGGAGAAGAGGUUGAGGGCGAUAAGGAGAGAAAUGGUUGAGCCAAUUUACGAGAAGAAAGAGGCGGCCAAGCAAACCGCCCUGGAGGCCGCUCUCGCCGCCCCUAAACUUCCAGUCAAGCCCAGCCCCUUCGCCGCCAUGGAGACCGCCGAUGAGGCUGCUGGUUCUUUGCCUAAAACCGACGGCAUGGAUGUGGAGAUGGCUGAUGGCAGUCAGCAUGCAAGAUUGUUGAAGCCCAUGGGUAAGAAGAUGAAAAAGAAGAUCAAGAUCGCCCGAAGGAAGGGUCAUGGCAAAGGUAAAAUCAGAAAGAAGCACAAUGUAUAGUUUAAUUGGUAAAGACUAUUUCUCUUCAUUGCUCUGUUUACAUGACAUCUUGUGGUCUUUCCAUAUCAAUCAAAUUUUGGUUAUUGAAAUUCAAAGAUUGGAACUUUGAGAUCCUAGUUUAGAUCGGGUUGUAACAAAACAUGAUGACACACUUGGAUAGAAUUCUUAAGCUAUCUUUAUAUGCUUUAUUGGUUGCG